AUGGCGAAACGAACACUAGCGCUAUGGAUAAAUAAACCCUUUUGGGUGGCCGUAGUUAUGCAGUUCACGAUGUUCACCAUGGCAACAAAUAUCACCGUCGAUACUUUGCAGAUUAUGGAAGAUUCCUUAAGCAGUGCCUACGCUUGGAGUGCGUGGGGAAGUUGGGGACCGUGUUCGCGGAGUUGUGGUGGUGGUGUAUCUGUUCAGGAACGACAAUGUUUACCAAGAACGCGAAACAUAAUUACAAACGGAACACUAGCACCGCCGGUGAUCACCUUACGGGUGACCAGGCAGACUCACGGAGUGGACUGCCAGGGUAUCGCCAAGAGAUACCACGAGUGUAAUACUGCUCCAUGUACUGCCGGAAAUCGUGACAGCCGUGCUGAACAAUGUGCGGCCUAUGACCACAGGCCGUUUCGUGGACGCUUCUACAACUGGGUUCCUUAUGUUGAUGGUGAUUCGCCAUGUUUGCUAAACUGCAGGCCGAUUGGACAACAAUUUUAUGCAUCGCUCGCUCUAGUCGCCGAUGGCACGCCUUGCACUAAACCCGGCUUCCGUGCCAUAUGCAUCCAGGGAAAUUGUAAGGUGGUGGGGCGCGAGUCCGUGCUCGCGUUGGCAGACAGCCGUGAAAUGCACUGUGGACGGCGCCUCGUAUCCGGGCUGUUCUCCCGACCGCGGCUGCCCCUCGGGUACUCCUAUGUAACAACAGUACCGCGUGGCGCCUGCAGGCUCAACGUGUCUGAGAUUAUGCCCAGCGAUAAUUAUAUUGCGUUGAAAGUAGCUAAUGGAACUUAUAUAAUGAAUGGGGAGUUUGCUGUAAGUGCACCGGGUACAUACGAUGCCGUUGGAGCCCGAUUUAUAUACUCGCGGGUACUUGGGCUUGACUCUGUUUUUGCACAUGGACCUAUUCAUUAUCCUAUAGAUAUUAUGAUUCUUUACACAGAACCGAAUCCAAACAUAAAAUAUGAAUAUUUUACGGAAUCUCUGCCUGGAGAAACGGAAAUAGAAUCAACUACUAAAUCAAAUCACCCUGACAUAAAACAAACGGCAACUACGAAACAUACUCGGAGACACCACGGUUACGAUGCAUAUCCUAGAUCAAGUUUGACUCCUAGGCAUCCAGAUGUGAUUGGCUUAUCUAAGGAUACUUCUAUUGCUGAAAAUAGCUUGGAAGAGAAUGUUGUCGAAGCAAGGAGAUUUUUAUGGAAAAUAAUUUCUUAUACUCAGUGUUCAAGAAGCUGCGGAGGUGGUAUGCAGGUAGGCAAAUAUCGAUGUGUAGAAGAAAGCCCUGACGGAAUUGAUAAGGAAAUAUCGCCGGUGCACUGUACAGGAUCUCCACCAGCAGGGAGAAGACGAAGAUGUGGAAAUAUUCCAUGUCCACCCAGAUGGAGAGCUGCUGCUUGGUCCUCCUGCCCUGAAUGUGGACCAGCUACUCGGAAAAGAAUUGUUGGAUGCGUGCAAGAUCAUUCGAGAGGCAUUACAAAGGUCAGCGAUCAAAAGUGUCCGGCACCAAAACCAUCUACGACUGAAAAGUGCAAUAUACCAGAUUGUCCCGAAUUUAAUUCUGGAGAAGUUAGACAAAUAGAAGCGAAACGAGUGAUACGACCGAGUGAACACACUGACACAUUUCGAGAAGGCCCUGUCUACACAAUUACGGUCAAUAGUUCUGACAUCGACGUUGGACCGGAAUACAGUUUUAGUGCAACUGCAGGUUGGCUCCACUCUGAUUGGUCAGAUUGUGUAGGUUGGUGUGUGGGCGGAGGGGUACAAACUCGAAGUAUAAGAUGUGGUGAUCCGUCCGGUUGCACACCGUUAAAAGUACCUGAACAAUCACAAAAUUGUACUCCGAAAAUCUCUUGCGAACCUCAUGAUGGUCAAUGGUUUACAGGAGAAUGGUCCCCUUGCUCAUCUGUUUGUGGAGGCAAACAAGUCCGAGGGGUUCUAUGUAUUGGGGGUAGUGGAAGACAUCUUCGAGAUUCAGCUUGCAAAGGCCAAAAGCCAGAACACGAACGAAAUUGUGGAGGGGAAUGUCCACCUGUUUGGUACUACAGCGAAUGGAGUCAGUGUGCAGGCAAUUGCACAUUACGAACGGGCGUACAGCGUCGGACAGUUGUAUGUGCACGGGCAAACGGCGGUGCGAGCGAUGGCGCAUGCGCUGCACCGCGCCCACAUGCGCACCGUGCCUGCAACCCGCACUGCACCGAUGCUGCAGUCCCGCCUGAACUUAUCAUUGCAUCUCAAAAAACAGAAAAUUACACCACAAGUACCCAAAAGACUACAAUUAAGGAAAAGGAGGCAAGAGACUGCGAAGAUAAGUUGAGCAACUGCGCAUUGGCUGUACAAGCUAGGCUUUGCCACUAUAACUACUACGUGCAGAAUUGUUGCUAUUCUUGCACAUCUUAA